AGUGAGCGGAAGCGGCUGGCUCUUCUCUUCCGGUGUGACGGGUCACGGUUCCCGGCUGAAGAUGGCGGCGCCCGACGAGUUGUUUUGCUGGGAAGGAGACUGGGGCCUGCCGUCCGUCAGCACCGACUGCCUGGUGGUCCUGGCCUAUGCUCAGUUUGCAGGAGCUCCUCUGAAGCUGAGGAGGAUGUGUAACCCCUGGAGGAGUCCCAGCGGAUCACUUCCAGCUCUGAGGACCAAUCAGAAGGAGACUCUGUCCAGACCCUCUGACAUCAUCAUCCACCUCAGGAAACAGGUAAUGUUUAUAUUCUGUCAGCCUGACUGACUGGAUCAGAUGG